AUGGCCCAAUACUUGUUCCCACCCGCCGUGCCAGCUGCCCUGCGCGUCGUCGGCGAGACGGCGCUGUUCCCGGUGCGACGCGUGGCGUGCCGCGUCCUUACAGUGCCGUCGACGAAGCGCUCGAGAGCACUCGGCACGCCAUCGCCGCGACGCCGUCGACUCAAGGCGUCGUCGAGAGCAGCACUCACACAGGUCUACUGCGUCGGCCGCAACUACCGGGCCCACUCGCGGGAGAUGAUCCAGCGGCAGGCGGCGCAGCUGGACAUCACGGACGACAAGGUCGGCGCGCCGCCGUUUUUUUUUCAGAAACCCGCGUAUGGUGCCGUGACGGAUAGCCGGACGGUUCCGUACCCGCCGAAGACGCAGCGGCUGGAGCACGAGCUCGAGAUGGUCGUCGCGCUGGGCGACGGCGCCGCGGUGUUCGGCUGCGCGCUGGGCGUCGACCUCACGCGGCGCGAUCUCCAGGACCAGGCGAAGGCCCAGCGGCGGCCGUGGGACGCGGCGAAGGCCUUCGACGCGUCGGCGCCCUGCGGGGCGCUCGCGCGCGGCCUGCCGCCGAAAGAGACGCGCCUCGAGCUCCGCGUCAACGGCGCGGUCCGCCAGAGCUGCGUGCUCGCGGACAUGAUCUACGGCGUGCCCGAGAUUCUGGAUCACCUGUCGCGCGAGGUCGAGCUCUGUCCGGGCGACGUGAUAUUCACGGGCACGCCAUCAGGCGUCGGGCCGCUCGCGCCCGGCGACGCGGUCGCGUGUCGCGCCGUUGACGUCGACGGCGGGGAGGCGCUGCCGGCGUGUGAGUUUGUUGUGAAGUAAGUGUCUUCUUAGAUGACCUCCCCCGUGGCGGCGCUCGUCGCGCGCCAGAACUGCAACACGUGCCAGCAUAGCUCGUUGGGCAGGCGGAGGACGCGGGCGGCGACCGGAUCGGCGGCGUCUUUUGUGCGACCGCGGAGUACCAGACUCCGCAGGCGCAGCACGUCUUUGCGGGACUGUCGUCGAUACGCGGUCCACGUGCCGCCCGCCGCGCGGAUGUCGUCGACGAGCUUCGUACAAGCGGCCCAGUGUACUCUAUUUGCCCAGCCACCGGUGUGGAUAUUGCUGUUCAAACUUCGGAUCCAUUCUUCGGCUGACCACUCUGACCCACCUGCCUUAACGGAAUCCAUCGACGCGCCAGCCCUUAACAUUUCCGAAACAAUAUUGAGGAACGGGUUCGCUUCAUACAUUCUGAGCGCGAGAAGGGCCGCACCAGGACGGCCUCGUCUUCAUCAUAUUCUGCUUGGUCGUCGCGUCGUGGUUCGUCGGCCUCAAGCUCUACAACGGCUUCCUCUCGCUCUGCGGCCAGACGGACCACCGCACGGACGCGGGCAUGCACGGCUGGACGUACGCAUCCUACAAUUUGCUACUGGCGGGGACGUUCUGGGUCAUGAAUUUGAUGUGCGCGAUCCCCAUCUUCGGCAUCGUUAUGUUGGUUUGGCUCAUCGCGAACCACGAGCACGUGACGUGUUUUAACCGGAAGAAGGUCCGGGACUGGGCGGCGUCGGCGCAGCGCCGCGGGAGCAACGUCGACCUGGCCGCGCGGGCCGAGGCGCAGGCCGAGUCAGACUCGCGGUGCGGCGGUUGUUUGUGUUGCUGCGGGCCGCGGCCGGACGUGUUGGUUGAGCACGAGGCGCAGCGCGAGGCGCGCAUCGCGGCGCAUCGAGGAGUCCUCCCCGGCCUCGAGCCGGACGCCGGCGAAGCUUAG